AGAGCAAGUCCUUAAAACAAAAAUCAGAAUUUUGGAUUUUUUUUUGUCCUGCCAAAGGGCAUCCACAAGGAGGAUCCCAGACUCAAACGCACCCCAUCAGACAUUGUGUCUGAAGUUUGUCAUUAGCCUCUCUCUGAACCCCGUCCUGGUUGAGUGACCCUGUGCCUCUGUUGAAAUGAAGCGGUUGCAGAGUGAUGAAGCUGACCAGUCUGAGGUCACUGACGAAACUGGUUUGAAUCCGGACACCGAUGAUGUGUUCACCGAGGAUGAGGAGCUGGAAAGUUCCUUUCCAGCUGCUGGGUAUUCCCAAGAGCUGUCAAAGGGCCCUUCGAUAUCGCCAUCCAACCUUUUAAAAAGGACACAGCAACGUUACCACUUCCGUGAAACUGAUUCCUCAAAGGCUAAGGCACCGAUGGAUUCCUUUUUCCCAAAAGGCUACCAAACGUCACCGAAAUCGAGUACAGUGUCAGCCCAGGAGAAUGUGAAGAUGCAAUCCUUAGGUUCAGCCAGAAGCAGUGAGGGAAACUUGGUCUUCAAAGCCUAUGAGUGGCAAUGGCUGUUUAAGGCGGUGUCUGGAGGCAAGGCCAGUGAGUUAGAUGGCUUAUUGGAGUAUCUGAUCAAGAACAAUGAACGUCUCACUGACUGGAAGCUCAGAGACCCAGAGACAGGGAAAACUGCUUUGCUGAAGGCACUGUUAAACCUGAACAACCACAGGAAUGACACGAUCCCAGUGCUACUGGAAAUCGCAGAGAAAACUGACAACCUGACCCAGUUUGUCAAUGCGGCCUACAGUGACAGCUACUACAAGGGUCAGACAGCGCUGCACAUUGCCAUUGAACGCCGGUGUAUGCACUUUGUGGCUCUCCUGGUCCGUAAUGGUGCUGAUGUCCACGCCAAGGCCAACGGUAUCUUCUUCAAGCAAAAAGAAGGCCAAACUGGCUUUUACUUCGGGGAGCUGCCUCUCUCACUGGCUGCCUGUACAAACCAGCUGGACGUGGUGACCCACCUGUUGGAAAACCCGUACAGUCCAGCAGACAUCUCAGCCACCGACUCCAUGGGGAACAAUGUGCUCCACGCAUUGGUGUCCAUCUCCGACAACACCAAGGAGAACACCAAAUUUGUCAUCCACAUGUAUGAUUACCUGCUGAGGAUGGGGGUGAAGAUCAACCCAGAGCUGAACCUGGAAAGCAUGAAGAACAAGAAAGGACUAACCCCCUUGAAACUGGCUGCAAAGACGGGCAAAAUCGAGGUGUUGAAACACAUCAUUGGCAGGGAGAUCCACGAUGAGGAAUGUCGAUUCUUGUCCAGGAAAUUCACUGAAUGGGCAUACGGUCCAGUGCACUCGUCUCUGUAUGACCUCUCGGCUCUCGACACAUAUGAAGCAAAGUCGGUGUUGGAGAUUAUCAUCUAUGGCAGUGAGACUCCGAACCGACAUGAGAUGCUAAACUUAGAGCCGCUGAAGCACCUGUUACAGGAGAAGUGGAACAACUUUGCCAGCUUCAUCUUUUACAUCAAGUUCUUCAUUUACCUCUCCUACAUGAUCAUCUUCACCACUACAGCCUACAAUAGGAUUGAGGAGCAAAAGCCCCCAUUCAAAGUUGAGGCCACAACUGAAAGCUACCUACGGGUCACUGGACAAGUUAUCACAAUCUUCGGAGCACUCUAUCUUUUCUUUCAAGGGGUCGAAGAAGUCUUUCUGCGAAGGAAGAGGACUCCAAAGUCAAUCACGAUCGAUGGUUACUGUGAUAUUUUAUUUUUUCUCCAGGCAGUGCUGCUCCUGGCCUCCUCUGUGCUGUAUGUAGUUGGACGGGAAGAAUAUGUCGGAUUUAUGGUGAUCGGGCUGGCGAUUGGCUGGAUCAAUCUGCUCUAUUACACCCGCGGAUUCCAGCGAAUGGGCAUCUACAGUGUCAUGAUGCAGAAAAUCUUCCUGACAGAUAUUAUGAGUUUUCUGCUUGUGUAUGUGGUCUUCCUCUUCGGAUUUGGAGCUGCUCUGGUGGUGCUUAUUGAAGACCGGGUUUACAAUAACACCAAACCAGGGUGUCACAAGGAAACCACGUACAAGAAUUUUAAAACAACCUUCCUGGAGCUUUUCCGGUUCACCAUCGGGAUGGGAGAUCUCGAAUUCACCGAGAACUACAGAUUCAAAGAGGUUUUCAUCUUCCUGCUGAUAUCUUACGUCAUCCUGACUUACAUCCUCCUUCUCAACAUGUUAAUUGCACUGAUGAGCAAGACGGUGGAAAAAAUCUCCAAGGACAGUAAAAGUGUUUGGAAUCUGCAGCGAGCGAUUACCAUUUUAGAUUUGGAGAAGAGCCUGCCGAGGUUUCUGAGAGCUCGGUUCCGUUCAGGGGAGCCUGUGACUGUGGGUCUGCUGUCUGAUGGAAGGGAAGACCUGAGAUGGUGCUUCAGAGUCGAUGAAGUUAAUUGGACACGAUGGAAUACAAACCUUGGCCUCAUCAACGAAGAGCCAGGAAACUCGGAAAUUACCAGACGGAUGACGGGGAGCAGAGGGAGGAGAGCUCGCCGGGAGAGGAGCUGGCGGACAAUGCUGCCCCUACUGAAGGAGAUUAAACCUGAGAAACAGGAAGAGGACGUGCGACUGGGUGCAAUAAACACUGGCCCAGCAAGGCAGCCUCCUGGACAGUCACAUGGCACAACUGCAAAAGCUGUUUAA